AUAUACAAACGCAUUCGCAAUAACACUGGAUUUAACUGGAAGGCGACACCCAAAGACGUUAAGGAUCGCUACUUUGAAGAAUUUAGAAAAUCUUUUUUUCUGGCCGGAUUCAUGGGAACACGAUGUGCGUACACUUUGGACGUCGAGGGCAAGAGAGAGAUACUCCGGCUUCAUCUCUACCCUUAAGAAAUUGAAAGAGAGGCUAGCAUUUGUGUCAGAAGAAUUGUGGAAUGGGCUGCUCGUGUAUUGGGAAAGUAAGGAUGUUAAAUACAAGUCAGAAAUCGCACGGAAGGCGAGAUAUUCAGAGAAAGGUGGACCCGGCACGGGCUAUAGCAAACAUUAUGGGGGCACAUCGUGUGCUGUAGUUAAAGCUCAGAAAAUAGCAAAUGAAAAGGGGGUCUCUAUUGGAGAUUGUAUGUAUGAUGCCUACUUGGCACUAUACUUCAAGAAUGGAAAAUAUACAACUAAGGAGGCCGAAGAGAUAGAUGCCAAGGUAAAAGAGAUUGCAGUUGCACAAAGUGAGGGAACAAAUCUAAAUGAUAUAUAUGUCAAUCAAGUCAUGGGAGGCUGCCUUGACAAGAAGAAGCGGAUGCUUGGAACGGGAGUCCUUGGACCAAUGCUCUUAGGAAGUAAGUUUGUGGCUGCUUCAACUAGCAAUCAACAGGAUGCCAAGUGGAAAAGUAAGAUGCAACAAAAUCUCAACGAAGAGCGUGAGCGUAGAAUGAAGUUGGAAGAGGACGUGAGCAGGAUGCAGAAGGUGGUGGAUCUGUUGGUGAGCCAACAGUCCCACCAGUCCCACCAGUCAAGUUACUCAGCUGCCCGACCUGAUGAAGAAUAUUCUACCUGAUGCUAGAAGCGGAGCUUGAACAAGCAUAUCUCACUCGUUUCUUAUCUUCUGGAUUGGAUUUCUUAUGGAGCAGUCUGAUGCUGCUAGUUCCUCAAACUUCGUCCAAAUAACUUAAUGAGAGGCUGUAGUGUUCCAGUGUAUAUUUGGGGAUAUAAGCUAGUGGAGGGACUUGGUUGCCAUUUGAGAAUCUGACAGCCAAUGAUGGUGUUACAUAUAGAUGUUAUCCUUCUAAUUCCAUGUUUUAUUUUAUAGUGGAAGUCAAUAACUGUUAAA